AUGUCCGCAGCUCCCGCCAGCAACGGCGUGUUCGUCGUCAUCCCGCCCAGCGACGCCGGCGGCCUCCGCCCGCCUCCAGCCAUCCUGCCCACCCCCUUGUGCCAGCCUCCCGGGGUGAUGCAGUUUGAGGAGCCGCCGCUGGGGGCACAGACCCCAAGGGCCACCCAGCCGUCCGACCUGCGGCCCACGGAGACGGAGACGUUCCUGACGGGAGAGCCCAAAGCUUUAGGGACCGUCCAGAUCCUCAUCGGCCUCAUCCACCUGGGCUUCGGCAGCGUGCUGCUCAUGGUCCGCCGCGGCCACGUGGGGAUGCUCUUCAUCGAAGGCGGCGUCCCCUUCUGGGGAGGAGCCUGCUUCGUCAUCUCAGGGUCCCUCUCCGUGGCAGCCGAGAAGAACCACACCAGCUGCCUCGUGAGAAGCAGCCUGGGGACAAACAUUCUCAGCGCCGUGGCGGCCUUUGCGGGGACAGCCAUUCUGCUCAUGGAUUUCGGUGUCACUAACUGGGAUGUGGGCAGGGGCUAUCUGGCCGUGCUUACCAUCUUCACCAUCCUGGAGUUCUUCAUUGCGGUCAUUGCCACCCACUUCGGGUGUCAAGCCACCCGCGCUCAAGCCAACACGUCUGUGAUUUUCCUGCCCAACGCCUUCAGCGCUGACUUCAACAUCCCCAGCCCCGCAGCCUCUCCGCCCCCCGCCUACGACAAUGUGGCAUAUGUGCCCAAGGAGUCAUCCGAGUAGAGGUCAUUCCGCCGGUUGGAGUCCAGCCUGUCCCCCGUGGGCCCAGCCUUUCCCCCACCCCCACCGCGUUAAUCUGGGGGCAGCCCAUCCCCCCACCCCAUCCUCACACAUCGCGGCACCCAGGUGAAGUGUUCCCCGGGGACGUCUGUCCCACACAUCUCCCUCAGUGGCUUCUUUCCUAAAAGAGCUAGUUGAUGUCAAGGGUGAGUGUCCCUCACUCAGCUCCCUGGGCCCUGUCACCCUUCUGGAACUGUCCCCAUGUGCUGCUCUGCAUUUCUCUCGGUUUCCUCGGGGGAAUCCCUGGCCUCAAUGGCAGACAGGUUCAAGGCUGCCCUCGGGUCUUGGGAAGACCGUUAAGCUCAGGAGCCCAGAAUCCUCCAGAAAAGAGUCCAAGUGCUGAGGCCACACAGCUGACCGUGGCCUGACCUCAGGCCUCCAGGCCCCAGGACCAGCUCUCUGCUUUGCAAUCAUGGCAAUGUCAUGAGCCUCAGUUUUCCCACCUGGAAACUAACGCAUUAACUACAUGGCAUUCAAGGCCCUUCCCAGGGCUCCCCGAAGUCCUGGUCUAAGUCAGGCGAUGUCCCCCCACGCCCCCUGGAGAAGCUCAUUUUCCUUAUGUAUUAAAUGGAGUCAGGUUUGGGGAGGGUGCAGGGGAGGGCUGAGGCCAGCCCACUGCACCCCAGUCAGCAUCCACAGGUGCACAGCCAUGGCAGCCCCUCCCCCCCCGGGGACCAGAGCUUCCCCUGAAGGUCACUGUGAGCUGAGCUGGGGUCUGAGGCAAAGGACACACCCCUACCAGAUGUCAGAGGUCCUGGUGGGUGGCUCGUCUCAUCCAUACCACAGAGGGAAAUAAACAGUGUGGCUUACUUACACUUUGAACUGGUCUCACCGCAAUGACUUUUUCUUUUUAACCACAGGGGCUUCGAAGGCUUGUCCCAUAUUUAUUAGAAGAUCUGUGUCCCCUUGGCACAGAAAGGGGGCAUCUGUGGGAGCUGGAGUCUGGGUGGUAUGAUCCCGGCACUUGGUCUGGCCCCACCUGAGCCCAGACGAGCAGGCAUCCAUAUCCCCAUUCUACAACUGAGCUUGAAGAGAUCGAAUCAAGUGCCCAAGGCCACUGGGCUAGCGAGAGGCAAUGCUGGGAUUUGAACCUAGCUCCCGCUAACGUCGGAGUCUGUGUGUCACCACCCGGCUCUCCAGGUCCAAAACCAAGUGCUUUCCACCAACCCCUUCCCCUCCUGCCUCCUGCUUUUUCAUCCCAAAGACGGGUUGGCUGCGUUUUUCAGCAUCCACACUUCUUCAUCUAACAAGCUCCUGCUCCUGCCUCAAGACCCUAUUUGACUGUUGCCCCUUCCGUGAGGUCUUCCCAAAGGCAGGCAGUUGGCUGGUGCCGUUCAGCCCUUUCAGGAAGCCCUGGUCCCCAGGUCCUGCGAGUGCAGAGUUGGGGUGGGGUUACAACCAGCUCUGGCUUUCAGAAUCCCUAGACCAGAUCGGAGGACUCACAGCGGGGAGUUUUGUGCGGUUUAAUUUUCCCAGUGUGAAAAUUGCAGCGUGUCCCUUCUCUCCCAGCUUGAAAGCCACCCACCUCAAAAGCCUUCAACUACGGGCUUCCUUUCUCUCUUUUUGAUGGAGUCUGCUUCCUCCCUUCCCACUCGCUCUGCUGAAAUUGUUCUCUCCAAGGCUGCUGCCAUGCUUGGUGACCUCCUCGUCACCAAGAUCAAUGGGCUUUUAAAAAGCCUUGUUUUAAUAACGACCGCUCCAUCCAUCCCUUAAAAUUCACCUCCCCUGGACUCCUCUGGGCACUGCACGCUCUUCGGCAAGAGCUUCUUGAGCACCUGCUGUGUGUCCGGGCUCUGGGGACACCGGGAGUUGGCCGACGUCUCUGCCCUCGUGGCGCUUACGUUGGCUUCCAAAUCCGCCUCCCACCCAGACCUCUCCUGUGAGCCAGCUCCAGCAUUGGCUUUCCUCCCACUGACAAGGAAUUUGCAGCCUCUGUUCCAGCUCAAACCAUUUUCCCUCCUGGGUCUCCUGUGUCAGUCAGUGCCCAAGGCAGAAUCUGAGAGCCAACUUGGUCCCCGCACACUCAUCCCCACGUAUGAUCACCCACGCGAUUCUCCUGGCUCUUACCAACUCGGACCCCUCCCUCCAGCCUCCUCCCAGCACCUUUGGACCACUGUCAUCUCUCACCCACAUUGUGACAUCUGUCAGCUGACCUUAUAGCCUGUGUCCCCUGCUCUCAGCUGGCUCUGCCCAUUUCUAGGCUAGAUAACAGCCAGAGGGAAUUUUCUAAGGCACAAAAGCCAUGGGGUUACUGCCCUGCCACUUGGGGCUCUCCUUUGCCCUGAGGCUAAAGUCCAGGAGUCCCAGGGAGGUUUACAAAGCCCUGGAGACAGAGCCUGCUCCCCUCUCUUGUCUCUCCCCAUCCUCCUCCGGCGCGUGACCCGCAGCCAUACUGAACCUGGGAGACCCUUCUGCCUGGAGAGCAGUCCCUGCUGGCCCCCGUUCUCCCAUCUGUCCCACUGAGCUCCCACCCUCCUUCAGACCUCCGUGUAGGUGCCACUUCCUCCAGGAAGCCUUCCCUAUCCCCAUCCUUCUCUCCCCCGUCUAGGUGAGGUAGCCUCUGCUGGGCUGUUCACACAGCCACACAUCCAGGGUCACAUCUCGUCCCCGCCAGGCAGCUGCCUGCCUACCUGACCCUCUUCCCCGCUGGGCUGUAUCAGUUUCCUGCAGCUGCUGUAACUAAUUUCUACAAACUCAGUGUUUUCAACAACACAUUCAUCCUCUGGAGGUCAGGAGUCCUGAGGU